GGUUGUUGGUGACUCUCCGAGAUCGAAAGCAGCCCCAAAACCCCUCUCUUUCUCUCUCAUUCACAGAAAAAGAAGUCUAAAAUCAUCUGAGAAAAGAGAAAGAAGUGGAUCGAAAAUGUCACUUACAGGGGUGAAAAUGUCAGAAGAAGUGUGGCUGACAUGCCUCACCCAUUCUUUGUCUACAGAGACUGAAGAGAUCAUGGGCCUCCUCCUCGGUGACAUCCAGUACUCGAGUAAUGGGAAUGCCACCGCUCUAAUCUGGGGUGCAUCGCCUCAGACACGGUCUGAUCGUCGCAAGGACCGUGUUGAGACCAAUCCUGAGCAGUUGGCAGCAGCAUCACAUCAGGCCGAGAGAAUGACACUGACAACAGGAAUAACAACAAGAGUGAUUGGGUGGUAUCAUUCACACCCACACAUUACAGUGCUGCCUUCUCAUGUUGAUGUGCGAACUCAGGCAAUGUAUCAACUUCUGGAUGCGGGGUUCAUCGGAUUGAUAUUUUCUUGUUUCAGUGAAGAUGCCCAAAAGGUUGGAAGAAUCCAGGUCAUUGCUUUCCAGUCACUAGAUGGGAAACAGAAGCACAUGCCAAGACCUGUACCCGUACCUCCAGUUACAAACAGUUCAAUCAUAGAGGUCGAAUCAUCUUGGAGCUCCUCAGAGAAUGCGUUGUCGACAUCAGGGUCUGCAAGGGGGGAAAGCUUUGAACAGGACACUGGUGAUUCGAGAUCAACUUCCAAAGCCACUAAGGUUGGGGGGAAAUCUUCGGACUUGGAGGAGUUCUUUUCUCAUGCCGACGUCAACUAUUCAGGAAGAGAAAAAAGAGGAGACUCAAAGAACCCAAUUGUUGAUGUAGAUCCAAUGGAUAUGUCCGCAAGUAUGCAGGAGGCCAUGCAUCGUUCGAAUUUGGACAUGAGCGGUGCAGAGUAUGUCAGGAAGGAAAUUCCUCUUCAAGUUUUGCCCGCCAGAUCCUUGCUAAAGAUUGAUUCACCUUUGACCUCAUUCACUCAACUGCAACAAGUUUUGUUUGAGGAGGAGCGGGCUGCAUAUAAUCAAGCCAUCUCAGAGAAUAUGCGGGAUGGAAAAACACACCCUUUUGCUUUCAUCCAUCACACAUCAACCUACCAGGCUUCUAUGUGCAAGUUAAUGGAAUAUUGUUUAAGCCCUGCUAUAAAUGCUCUCCAUGACCGCUUGAAGGAAAAUGAAAUUAGGCUAGCCAUGCUGAUGGAGGAAGCCAAGGUUUUGGAGGCUGAAGCGUUCGGUAAAGGGAACGAGUCGAGUUUGGAGUCCCCCCGACAUUUCCCGUCUCAUGGAUAUCGAGGCAGUUUUGCAAGUGGUCAGAGAGACCCACAUGCUUCGGCAGAAAAUGCCAGCAUAAGGAGCCCAUCUGGUAUUGGUAGUCGGAGCAGAAAGGCAUCCUAGUUUGUAUAGACUGCAGCAUAAUCUCAGCCCAAGCAUUUUGUAAGUGUUGCUUCUCUGGCCCCCUUUUCUUGUGGAAACUUGAUGCAAUUUUGGCUGUGUGGUGUAUGAUAUUUGGAUGACGAUAGGAUGCUGAAACGUGCUUCUUUACCUCUCCUAUAUAUAACAAGCGGAGAAGACAGGGUUGCAAGGGAAAAAAAUUGCACACAA